CUCAAGCUAUUUAAUUACAUGUAAUCUGUCCAGAUUUAAUUCUAGCAGACGUGUUCACCCUCCACUUACUAACGUUUUUGAUAUUGCCAAUACGCUCCUCUCAAAAAUAUACCUAAACAAGGUUAUACGUUGCCUCACUUCCGCGCUUAACUCAGAAAUACUGCCUUACCGCAAGCUUCAUGAUGUCUUUUCCUGAUACCACUGUCAGAGCCAGAAUCAGCAAAGACUGGAUCCCAUUCGAAGAUCCGCAAACUAGGGGCAUCGAAGAUUAUCCCUGGGACAAGCUGGCGCAGGGCACUGACGGAAUCAUUCGGGAUCCUGCCGAAAAGAUAUACGACCGCUAUCUGUGGUUCGAGGUUUACGGCCGCGAGGACUUUGCCUGGGGUCUUCAUUGCAACCCCCAAAAGUUCAAGGAUCGUCUCAUCGUUCCCGAAAGGUACCUUGAGAUAGGCCCUCGCUUGGCGUCAUGUUCCUGCAAGGAACUUGAUAAGUCGGCCCCUGUUUUAAAUGCCGACAAAACCAUCGAGAAACCGUUUGAACGCCUUCUCGUCACGUUCUUCAAGUCGUGCGAAUCUCAGAACCAUGCGUUAGGUCUUGCCGGGGUUAGUCUUCGACAGCUUGACAUGUUGAAGAAACCGGGGGAAAUUGCGAGCAUUGCGAAGAAAAUGGUUCAAGGUUAGUGAACAAAGUCCUUUAUUACGAGAACAUGAAAUGUCGAGAGUAACCCUAGGCUUCGAGAAUAUGGGAACUCUUGAUUUGUUUCGCGACAGCAUGCCCAGCCUCAAGGACAUCAAAUCGAAGGUUACCGAGUACAAU